CACUUCGCGGGCUUCUUUUACUCCCCACCGAAUUCGGUUCCUUCUCGCCCGUUCAUUGUCACGUUCUACGUCGAAGGUGGUUGCCUUAAGGGGUGUUCCUCUUCCCCUUUCCUUCAGUGGUAUUCAUCGUACGACAAGACCGCCUCACCACUGGCGAUGUCAUUCACUGUGGGGAGAUAAACUGCGUCACGCUUUAUCUGCGGUAUAAAAGCCCAGUCUCUCACUACUGAUCGCCGCAGUGCGAAUGAGAAAAUGUGCGAAGGAUAUGAAAUCGCUCCCACUGCUCGGCGAAUGGAUAAAAAAGCUUCAGCACGUAAGAAAGCUAGAAGCAGGCUGCGCUACUACAAGAAGGCGCUGCUAGAUAUGGUGCGGCGCAUCCUCAGUUAUUUCCUCACUGUGCUCACGCUGCGCCUGCGCUCCUUCUUCUGCUGGUGCCCGUCAUCGAGGCAGAGUCUGGACGAUGCCGAACGGCGGGUCCUUGACUCGAUGGGGAAACCAUACAGCGGAUACUACGUGGACGUGGGGCGCAUCAGCGACAGCCCGCCGCGUAGCAGCCGCGUGUGGACGAUCCAGCUGGAGCCGGACGAGGAAGGCGAUGGAGCGCUACCGCUAGUGCUCGUGCACGGCUACCUGUGCGGCGCGGCGCUCUGGGUGCUCAACUUGGAGGCGCUGUCCCGCCGCCGGCGCGUCUACGCCAUCGACUUGCUCGGGUUCGGCAAGAGCUCCAGGCCCGCACUGUCCAGCGAUGCUGGAACGGCGGAGGCCCAGCUCGCUCAAGCUCUCGAGGGGUGGCGUUGCGAGAUGGGUCUGGAGCGGUUCGUGCUGCUGGGUCAUAGCUUCGGUGCCUUCGUGGCAUCCGCCUACACGCUACGGUGGCCCGAACACGUGGCCCACCUGAUCCUCGAGGACCCGUGGGGAUUCUCCGAAAGCCGCGUGCCCGACACAGCUUUCCAGCUGCUGCCCUGGCUCGUCGCCGCCUUCACACGUGGCCUCAAGUUCUUCAGCCGCGCCGACAUUUGCACGUUGUUGCGCGCUGGAGGCGUGCUUGGGCCUCCGUUUCUCGGGGUCGUGCUGGCGCACGAAACCAACAUGUUCCGCAAAAUUGUGCAGGACGAGACUGCCGUCGUCAGCUAUUUCUACCACUGCAAUGUGCGAAGACCCAGUGGUGAGGCUUCUGUGAAGGCGUUAAUGCACAGGUUUCCGUGGGUGAAGCACCCGAUGGUCACCAGGCUCGUGGCACUCCCACCGGAAGUAGGGCUCACCUUCAUCUAUGGCGCACACAGCUUCAUGGGUCGAAAGCCUGCAUUCGCCAUCCGCGAUGCCAGAACACAGUCCUUCGUCCAAGUUCACGUGCUUGAAGAUUGUGGACACAACCUGCACUACGAGAAGCCCGAAGAGUUUUGCGACGUGGUCAACAAGGCGUGCGAACUUGUCGAAAAGAGGCUACAUCAGAAGAUAGACUAAAUGAAAGCACCGCUGAGAACUCAGUUCUUAGUCCUACAUGGAGGCCGAGAGAGAAAAUUUGUACAGAGCGUUUACAAAACAUGCUACAUUGCCGGUCGCCUGCAGCAUAUUUGUUUCAGCUUGUUGAGGAGAUGCAAAGCGCUGUGUAAAUUGCUUUUCUGGCAGCUUCUCAUGAUGUUUUGUAGUGCUAAAUUGUUUCUCCAUCUUGCAGAAUUUCUUUGUGCAUGUGCGGGGCUUCGAAACUUGCUUAAAGCACACACCGUAUUAUUGUCACCCACGCAGAGUACGUGGUACAAGCUUUCUACUGGCUUUGUUCAAUGAAAAAAAGGAAAAGAAAUGAAAAAGUGGGAAGUUUUAGAAAUAUAGUCCCCAAGUGGCUUUGUGCAGUGUAAAACCCAAGCUUAUUUGUAUGCCUUCUGCAUUCUUUUGUACGCCUGGUCGAUAGCGAUUCCUAACGUUGGGUUCUUGUUUCUAGAACUCCCUCGUGUCUUUUUAAACAAUGCAAAACAGGCAGUUAUACUUCAUUGAAAAGUCUGCCAUUGUAUAUAGUAACUAAUUUUAUUUGCUUUCUUUUUAAAUAACUGCCUAACCUGAUGGAACUGAGCCCUUUUCUAUAUGCCUAGAAGAUGGUUUGCGUUCUAUAGGUUCAUAGCUGGAGUACGCGAAGAAGCUUUCUUUUUGUUGCAUUUGUUGAUCUUGUAACAUUAACUGUAGUUCCAAUGUUUUAGCACAAUGCUUUUUUUUUCGUGUGGACGUAGCAAGUUUAUUUGCAUUGUAAAUGUAUGUUGACUGCGGCCAAUUUAUUUUUUCGCACUCGUUUAUUUUGUGGCGUUGUGGUUGUGCAACGUUAUCUUGCAUUUCUUGCGAAAUAUUGCUUGAUCAUUUUCAUAAGGAUUAUUCGCGCAUGCUGCAGUGUCGGCUAAAGCCGGUCCUACUCGUGAGCAGAAAUGUACAUAUUUAUUGUCAUUGUGGUUCCAAUGCUUGUUCAUGUUUUGCAGUUUGUGCCUAUGAAGAUAGCUGCUGAAAAUUCAGUGGUUGUCGGAGGGGCCUGUAGCAAUCCUGACUGCUUUUUUUGUGCUUCGUGUUUUUGCUGAAAAAACGAGGAAAUCUUCUCGUAGCCUGUGUUCUCCGUGUGUCUCCUAUCUCCGUCUGUCUCUCCUCUCUCUGUGUCCCUUCUCUCUGCUAUGUGUGCGUCCUGUCUCCGUGCGUGCUGUCUCUAUGUGACCCCUGUCUCCGUGUGACCCCUGUCCCCGUGUGUCCUCUGUCUCCGUGCUUCCUCUGUCUCCAUGUGUCCUCUGUCACCAUGUGUUCCCUGUCUCAGUGCGUCCCCUUGUUCGCUGUUUGUCUACAGUUUUGAAGCACUGUGUGCUUUAUAUGUGUUAAGGGACCUUGCUUUUCAUGAGGUUUUGAGGCACCUCGGCGAGGUCUUAAAAAUGUCGGAUGAAAUGUAAAAUCGCCCGUGAUCAUGUACAAAAGCAAACAAACGUCUAUUGCGUUUCAUUAUUGCAAUUUUCGCGAAUAAAUACUCCAUUUGUGGACCUCAGUGUUAGCAUUUUCUUGCCCAGCGCAUACGCGCCCUUUCUUUUAACUCUCGCGUGUGCUUCUUUGUAAUGGUUUAUUUUGUUUCAGUGAACUAUCUGUGCAUGAAUAUUGUGUGUUGCAGCUGUCUGCGUGUCGCGUGCCACUGUUCUCGCAUUUUUGUUAACUGUGCGGCAGAACAAACUCAAGUAUUUAUAAAAUUUUUCAUAAUUUGUGUACAAAUGUAAAUAUUUACUUGAUGCUGUGAUUUGAUGUUUGUAUAUAGUGGAUGUGCGACAAUAAAGCAUUGCUGAUGUGAUACGGCGUGGUUCUUUAGCUCGCCUCUAUAUUUCUACAACUGCUGGGCGCCUUUUGGAGUGGUAUUUUGCGGGCACAACCGUAAGCGCCCUGAUCCUCUCGCAUGAAGCCUAGAAACAGUGAACUUAACUAUACUCGGGCAGACACUCUCAAAAUGUAUGACGUCAGUGGUAGUUGGUGCGGGAACUUCAAGGUAGCGUCGCCACGCGUCUUUUGUUUUUGUGUCUUUUCUGCUUUACGAAGCCUCUGGUCGUGGCAAGUCUGAACUUCUAGGUAUUCGAAAUGUGUCAUUUACCAAUCAGUAUCCCAACCAAUAUGCUAUUUUAGUGUCCCUUUAGAACAUCAUCAGUUCAAGGAACACAGUUGCACAUAAAUUAAGGACAGACUCAAAACGUUCAGCGUGCAUUUGGGCCUGCGCUUUGUGCCUGUCCUUAUUUUAUGCUUGUUAGUGAAUUUGUUUUCAAGUCGCAUGUUACUAG